AUGGCGCAGCAUGACACACUGAGCGCUACACAGCGCAAUCUACUCAGUAGGGCCACUUCGGCGACCUCUGAGCCCACGCCUGGAUAUGUCUACAAAGAUAUCACCGACAUGGUAGUUAUGGAUCCUGGCAUUCUGCCAACUGUAGAGAACUACCUGCUGCAAAAACUCGAAAGAAACGAACCUUACACCAAGUUCAAAUGCCUCAAACUGCUAAAGAACCUGUGCACCAGGCUACCGCAUGACUUUAAUAGAAAUAAAGUCUGCCAAUGCAAAGCAGUCAUUGAAGCACGUAACUACAAGGCUCCAUACAGCGAGUAUAACGGAGACUACCUCUGCCAGAUGGUAAGGAACGAGGUGGAGGAGCUCCUCAAGGUGGUCUACGUCAGCCAAAACGCGACAAUGGGAACUGGUGGGAGUGCCACCGCUGACCAAAACCGAAUUGUGGGAUUCGGAAACAUGCCAAAUGCCCAGAGUGUAUCAAGUACUGGUUUUGGGAAUUUCGCUUCAAGCAACCAGGGCAACUACUCCAGCCCAAACGUUUCCAAUACUGGGUUUGGCAAUUAUGCGUCGAGCAACCAGGGCAACUACUCCAGCCCAAACGUUUCCAAUACCGGUUUUGGCAAUUAUGCGUCGAGCAGACAAGGACAAUAUUCCAACCAAAACGUUUCUAGUACUGGGUUUGGUAACUACGCUUCAAGUAACCAAACACAGUACUCUACUUCAAGUGUUUUCAAUACGGGUUUUGGUAACAUGCCUAACAGCAGCAACGCCAAUUACGCUGCAGAAGGUUUUGGAAACAGCGGAUAUGAAAACCAGACUGCGUCGCGCAGUUCGUGGUUCGGUAGAACUUCAUUUGGCGGCCCAUCAUAUGGUAGUGCGGCGGGUGGAAGCAAAAUGGAAGGAUUUGGUAACAUCUUAUCACGAUCAUCCUCAACCAAGUCCUCUGGGAGCAGCGCAUUCAAACUCAUAACAGAUGUCGCAGCGAAAUACUUGCCAAAUUCGGUUAUGGACAAACUAGAACGUGUAGGAUCAACCUUGGCGUCAACAGCAGCAGAGAAAUUUGAAAAACACAUUGCACCUGCAACUGGCAUGGGUAUGAGUAUGAAAGCGCAACAAGGUGGAUAUUCCGGUGCCUUCGCUCCUGUAGACCGACCCUUUGGAGUACCCAGCAACACCGUCGGCAGAGAUUUGCAGACGGAACACGCGCUUUUGCCAUCACUCAUACAAGAUUCAAGCACACUGCGUAAGGAUACGGAAGAUAUAUCUGGUGAAUCGGAGGCUAAAUUGGUAAAGGAUGUGCUUACGUUCAGCGGUAUCAAGGUGACACCAUCACAGCAAAUUCUCGACGAUUUUCUGACGAGAGUAAAAGAUAUGAAUAUGCGCUACGUUGCGUACGAGCUUCUCACAUGUCUAAAUAACAGAACGAACAAUUGGCAAACGAAACUCCGGAUACUUUGUGUAUUUGAAGCGAUACUGUUACGCUCCAACAUAGAUGAAGAUGUGAACAGAUAUAUAACAUCUGAAUUGGAACCCAUACUGGUAAAAUGCCGUGAGGAGAGUCGUUUAAGAACCAAGUCAGACAGGUUGAUACAAUUGAUUGGGGACUCUUCGCGCACAACUCAAGGCAGAGGUGACCUAAUUAAUACAGGCAGACCAACCGAUCAAACGAGCGGUCUUGGGGUCCAGGGGGCAUCCCAAACUGCUGCGGCCAAUUUGGACCUAUUUGCCACUUCCACUGUUGCGGGAGAUGGCAGUAAGCAGGAAGAGCCUCUCAGAAAUGUGGCAAGCGACUUUACAAAUCAUGCCUUCGACCUCAUGGAUAGCUUCGCACCAGUAAACAGCGGUCGCACACCUCAAGGGAGCCAAGCUAAUAGUUCAAACAAACAAAAGGUUGUUGAAGACAUUUUUGACUUCGACAAACUCAACAUCAACCCCUCAAACAACAACACAUCGGCAGGUGAACAGGACUUAUUUGCCGCCCUCGAUUCGGUACCAUUCCAACCCCAGGCACGCGGCGGUAGCCAGUUGAUUUAA